AUGUUCCUUCACUCGGGGGCUGCGAUGCACGGCCACGAAUUCUCCAACAGAUCCCCCUCCAACAGCCCCUCACCUUCGCCCUCACCUUCCGCCAACGCUGCCCACCGCCUCCGAUCCGCUUUCGGCCACCCGACAAGUCCAUCCCCGAUUGCCCCAUUCGAAACCGACCUGCCAUCGCGCCGACAGUCGCUGAGCGCGCCAAUCCUGUCGCCUCUGCCAGCAACGAGGAGACCUCGGCCCUUUUCUGAUAUUGCGCCAAGGAAAGAACAAAUCGUACGAUUCAACGAAGAGCCCAUUAUUGUCGGUGGCCAGAGCAUACUCUCUCUUGAUGGCAGUGUUAGUGAAGAUGAGUCGGUCGUGUCCGACGUCAUGAGCGACAUUACAAGCCAGAGCGGCACCAUCAGGAGGAGGAGGAGACCGCGGAGCAGCUCCAAACUCGCCACGAAUUUCCUGCUCGCCUACCCACCCCCGCGCAAGGUCACCAAGCAGCGACGCUUCGUGCAGAUCCGGCCCAGGGUCAUGCUCCAGCUGCAGCAGCUAUCGGCCGAUAGGCGGCCAAAACCCACCCUCGAUGUCCUGCCCACCAGCGUCUUGGCCGGCUCGCUCAUCAUCCCACGCCUGGUGCAACACUGCCCCAAAAUGUUCAACGUCAAGGGCAACCUGGCCCAGGAUGAUCUUGUGCUCGCCAAGAGUGAAAAUUAUGACCUGCCAGAGGACCAAGACGAGGACACGAACGCCAAAGAUCUCGACAAGAGGGACCUCGUCGCCAUCAUCUCCCCCAUCACGCCGCGAAAGGAAGGUGAGCGACGGGAGUCGGCCGACGAGGUUGAGAUUGUGCUUGCCGAUGGCUCUGUGUGGAUGGGUAAGCCGUGGGGCAAUGGCUCGUACGAGUUUGUGCACGUUGAUGAGAGCGGCGUCACCAAGACGGCGAGGUGGGUGAAGAAGGGCGUCAAGGCAAAGAGGGAUAGCUUUGGUGCGCCUUCGCCGCCACCAACACCGGACUCGAAGUAUAUUUUCAGCCUUAUCGACCCCACCACCAGACGACACCCCAUCAUGGCGACCCUGACAUCUUCGAACCUCGAGGUUCUGGAUCACUAUGUCACGCUUUCCAAGCCUCACGACGAGGCAAACGAGGACGAGGAUGAACCGCCUCGGCAGAAGAUGAUGCGGGCCAUGGACGACGUCGCUCGUACCCUGAUCACCGUGACUUCGGUCUGGGUAUCGCUGCGCAACAAUCAGAACUGGCCCAUGCGUGCACCUCGCCCGACGCUGCGGACAACCGGCGGCGCCCGCACUACGAGCAUGGGUUCCGACCGUAGUCGCGCUUCAACGUUUCCCAUGUCGGCCUCGGAGGCCAGCCGUCCUUCCUCACCCGUAUCAGUCACGCCGCCACAGACGAACUCGGCGCCUAAGCGGUCGCUGUCCAUGGGUGCGGCGUACAUGCAACGGCGGCUGGCGAGACAGGGCAACGAGUCGCCACCUCAGAACGAGACGCCCACCGAGGGCGAUGAGGUCGAGGACCCGAAGAUCCUGGCUAUCGGCGCAUCGGCAAAGCUGCAGAAGAGAAAGUCCAUUUGUCGUCGGGUCCGCGACUGGGGCCACCGCAUCACGCACUCGAGCAAGGAGAAAGAGACGCAGAGAAGGAAUUAG